AUGAUCUGCCCCGACCGUGCCGCACUCACGCAGGCCAGGCGUACCACGUUGCCAAAGGUGCUGCACCAGGCGUGGCUGGCGCCGACAGGUGCGCCGCGCCAGCCAGCAGGAGUGCUGCGGGUGCAGGCGCACCGGUGGCCACAUUCGCUUCGGCACUGGCAGUGGGCGCUGUGGACGUCUGAGGCGAGUCGCGAGCUGUGGUCGACGCACGCUCCCGAGCUGCUCAACGUGUACUUAUCGUAUAACAAGUCGGUUGAACGUGCCGACGCGACGCGUCUGCUGAUCAUGUCCGUGUACGGAGGAGUGUACGCAGACCUGGACGUGGUACCGUGCGAUGACUUCGAGCGCUCCCUGAGCGACGCAAUGGGCGGCGCAGGGCGCUGCAGCACCAAUGAGCAAUGUUCUGUCCCUCUCUUGCUCGUGCGCGAUCCGUGGCGAGGAAAACCGGCAAGGCAGGCGGUACAACACGUGUCAAACUUCUUCUUUGCGUCGGUACCCGACCACCCGUUCUGGGGCUUCGCGCUGCGGCUGCUCGCCGAGCGGCGGUCCCACCCGUGGGGUACGAUGUACAAGACUGGUCCCUACUUUGUCGACCACGCGUGGAAAAGCUUCCGCCGGCUCAACGGCGGCUGCCCCGCGCAGCUACUUGAGAAAUCGGCCGCCGUGCUCACGCACAACGAUUGGCAGGAACAGCGCUUCGGCGGCUUGCUCGACUGGCUAGGCGUGGACCGAGCGAAGGACUGCGCUGAGGGGAGUCUACAGGCGGUGUUCGCAGACCUGCCGCUGCAGAAGCGUUUGCUGACAAGGAGAAGCAAAAAGUGGGCUUUGUACGUCAACGAGAGUCUGCCCAAGCGCGACCUGCUCUCGCUCCAUCCACGGCCCCUGAUCGUGUGCUGA